AUGGCAUCUAUUGAUGACGAACGUCCAGUCGCAGUGACAGUUGAUGAUAUUGCAUUGUUCCACCUUGUUAGUGGAGCAUCCAACUACGAAAUUACUAAAGUUGAAGAGAAUUGCAAUAUUGACACCAAACCACAAUUGGUCGUUCCUUCAGCCGUGUCUGAUGAUGACGGUGAUGAUGACGACAACUUGAGUUCAAUCUCUGACUGGUCUUCGCUAUUCGAUGAGAGCGACGAUGAUGACGAUAUGUCGAGUUUUACCACAGUCUCUGAACUAUCGAACUUUACGUGGGAUCUCUUCGAAGAGACCAACGUCAGCACAAUGGACUUGUCGUUCUGCGCAGUGGAUGACGACGGUGUUGAUAAUUAUACCAUCGCCCAAAUGCUCCUCGAGCAGUUGCUUUACGAAAUCAUUGACAUUACUAUAUUCUCAUUAUUGUUUACAGCAUCUACUGAUGACGAACGUCCAGUCGCAGUGACAGUUGAUGAUAUUGCAUUGUUCCACCUUGUUAGUGGAGCAUCCAACUACGAAAUUACUAAAGUUGAAGAGAAUUGCAACAUUGACACCAAACCACAAUUGGUCGUUCCUUCAGCCGUGUCUGAUGAUGACGGUGAUGAUGACGACAACUUGAGUUCAAUCUCUGACUGGUCUUCGCUAUUCGAUGAGAGCGACGAUGAUGACGAUAUGUCGAGUUUUACCACAGUCUCUGAACUAUCGAACUUUACGUGGGAUCUCUUCGAAGAGACCAACGUCAGCACAAUGGACUUGUCGUUCUGCGCAGUGGAUGACGACGGUGUUGAUAAUUAUACCAUCGCCCAAAUGCUCCUCGAGCAGUUGCUUUACGAAAUCGUAUGAUUUCCUGAAUAAAGAAAUAAAAAGUGACUUGAGAAUGACAAAA